AUGGCUGAGCAGCCGGAGAAUGCUUCCCCCAAAAAGGUGGGCCUGGCUGAACGAAACUCCCGCAUGGACCAGCUCCGAUCUCAGUUGGUCGGGGUGUCGAUCACGGGGCAGCUCGAACCUAGCCAUGCCUUGCUAGAUAUGACAGUGCAGCAGUGGGACAAUCGUUGCCUCAAACACAUUGGUCCUGAGAAAUGUCACAGUAGAGAGGAUGAGGUCCAAAACCUCAAGCCUUUGUCUACCAGCAUCUCGCUGGAAGGGGGCAAGUUGAAGAUCACAGAGGGUGCUGGCUUGGAUGACAGGGACAUCGAAGGGUCUCUCCAGGUUGUCAAUGCUCUGAGACGACGAGGCAUUGCCUACGCUUUUGCUCGAUUGAUCAGUUGGGCCAGGCAUGAGGCGUACCUUGCCUCAUUGUUCGCCUACUUGACUCAACCUGCUCAGGCAGGUUAUCGCAAGGUAUCCCUUCGCCAGGUGCUUCGUGCCGACAAACUCGCCUUUGCUAAGAUGGCUGAGGCCGGCGAGGACAUACGAGCUGACGCUUCGGGCAAAUUGCCGUUGGGUGAAGCCGUUUCAAACAUCUUGAAGGAUUACUCCCUCAUUGUGGCAUUGCUUCCCCUUGCUGAUGUUGAAGGGCUGUCUGGCAAAGGUCGGCCAGCAAAGUGGAGUCGGCCGGGGCCCUAUACCCCACCCUCUGGCAAGAAAGGUAAGUAUGGCAAAGGUGCUGGUGGAGGCAAGGGGUUCGACUCUUGGGGCGGCAAGGGAAAGGCUCCCUUGAAGGGCAAGGACUUCAAGGGCAAAGGAGCCGGAUCGUCGUUUGCGAGACAGGAAUGGUUGCCGGAAGGCUUGCGAUACCAAGGAGCUUCGGCUUGGAGCAAGCGUGGUGGAAAAGUGUGCUACGGUUACAAUUUGGGGUCGUGUACCGACCCGGCUUGCCAGAAGGGCGAGCACUGCUGCAUCAUUUUCUCUUGUGGUGCAUUUUUCCUCGCAGAUGAUGCGAUGGGCGGAGUGCUCAUCUGCGUUCCCGCCAUGGCAUUGCCAGCUGAUGUGAUUCGAUUUUGCGUGCAUUUUGCGAGCAGUUGUUUGCAGAGAUCACUUCCUUUGGUGAUCGAGGGGCGGCCCGAGUCACCGCUUUGGUCGGCUCUUGGAGAGUCGAGGGCCCUCACAGGCCUUCCAUUUGACUUAGUUGUCAACUGGAAAGAUCACAAAAGCGAAACGACCCGUAUCGUUUCAAACAUGCCUGAAAUUCAGGUGGUUUCGAGUACCACAGUUGUGCCAAGACAAUCUGGUAGUCGGCCGACUAAGGAAGCUGGGUUUGCUUACCCGGCCGCGUUUGCGACCAUGUUGGCUGAUGUAUUUUCCACGGCGAUUGAAGCAAGGGGCAUCCGUUGCCGAAGUGCAAAGAUCGCCAAUCGGCACCUUAGGGCAUCGGCUAUGUUGCAGUCCAGGGGCGCUUCGCCAUACCCAGUGGUUGACGAGUGGAAGUUGGUGGUGUAUGUCUUGGUUCCUGUCCAGUGUGGCUGCGACCCACUCGCAGGUGACAAGCGACUUAAGGAGGCUUGGCCAGUACCUCCCGGGGUGGCCGUGGCACCGAGCAUGCAAGUGCUCCCGGCUGAUUCUCAGCUGUUGUCACGGGCUCAGAGUGGGGGGCUGGUGAGCCCGCAACUCCAGCAGAAAAUACAGGAGAUGGGCGAAGUUUCCAUACUUCGAGUAGGGAUUCCAUGGGAUCCACUUGAGUUCAUUGCUCAAGCAGGUCCGUUCCCAGAGAAAGUCCUUCAUACAGAGAUGGUCCAAGAG